UCGCGCCAAGCCCGAAUCUGAGAAAUCGACCCGGCGCUGCUCAAUAUUUAGGGUUUAUAUAAUUUUUGCAGCAUUAAAGUCUCGGCUCAAUUUUCUACUAUUAUUUUUCUAUUUUCCAUCUUCAGCUGCUUUGGGUUAGGGUUGUUGAUGCGCAGUCAUGGCCAAUAAUCCUCCCCAGUCAUCCGGUGCACAGCCUCUUCGGCCUCCUGCAGUGGGAUCAGUGGCACCUCCAAAUUAUGGCGUUCCUUUCCCUAUGCAAUUCCGUCCUGCCAUGCCUGGACAGCAAGGCCAACUGUUUCCUCCUAUAUCAACUGCUCAGCAAUUUCGCCCUGUUGGUCAAGUGCAGAAUGUCGGACUGCCACAUGGACAAACUCAGCCUCUGCAGUAUUCCCAACCAAUGCAGCAGUUUCCUUCUCAGCUUGGUACUGCUGCACCUUCAUCUCAGCCAAUUCAUAAUCCAUUAAUUCAACAAAAUAUGCCUAUUACUUCCGGAGCGCAGCAGCCUCAGCAAACAGGAUCCACCUUGAAUAAUCAUCUGCACGGUGUAGGUGGCCCAGCAGUUCAAUUCUCAUCAUCUUAUACUUUUGCACCGUCUUCUUUUGGUCAGACACAAAAUGGCAUGAAUAUUCCAUCCCAACAUCAAACUCAUGCACCUGGACCGUGGCUGCAGCCUGGAAGUCAAGGUGCUCCUACUGGUACACAUUUGCAGCACGCAACUCAGCAACCCUCUGCCGCGAUCUCAACUCCAUCAAACUGGCAGGAGUUUGAGGCUGCUAAUGGAAGAAGAUAUUACUACAACAAGGUCACACAACAAUCUAGCUGGGAGAAGCCUCUAGAACUGAUGACACCCAUAGAGAGAGCUGAUGCAUCGACAGUUUGGAAAGAAUUUACCACUCCUGAGGGUAGAAAGUAUUACUACAAUAAGGAAACAAAGGAAUCAAAAUGGACAAUGCCUGAGGAGCUAAAGCGGGCCCGUGAACAAGCUGAAAAGGCAGCUUCCUUUGGAUCUCAUUUAGAAAUGGGUGUGCCUACUGCUCCAACUAGCACCUCCGUUGGACAACCACCUCUUGUUACUUCAGUUAGCUCCACUUCUUCAACAGUAUCUGCCAUAGCUUCUAGCCCAAUUGCGGUAACUCCUGUGGCUGCUGUUGUUAAUUCUCCCACUGUGGCCGUUUUUGGAUCACCAGCAGUUCCAACAGUACAACCUGCUGUAACAAGUAUGGUUAGUGUGCCCUCUCUAGGUGAAACAUCCGCUUCACCUGCUCCUACAACAGGAAGCUUGGGAAUGCAUAAUGUGGAGAAUAAUUCUUCACACAUUUCUGAAGGUUCUACUGGUGAAGCUUCUUCUCAGGAUAUUGAGGAGGCAAAGAAGGGCAUGGCUGUCGCAGGAAAAGUUAAUGUGACAACCUCAGAAGAAAAGCCAAUGGACGAUGAACCUUUAGUUUUCACCAAUAAACAGGAGGCAAAAAAUGCUUUUAAAGCAUUACUAGAGUCUGCAAAUGUUGAGGCAGAUUGGACUUGGGAGCAGGCUAUGCGGGUUAUUAUUAAUGACAAAAGAUAUGGUGCCCUAAAAACACUUGGUGAGAGGAAACAGGCAUUCAAUGAGUACUUGAUGCAAAGGAAAAAGAUAGAGGCAGAGGAGAGACGUUUGAGGCAAAGAAAAGCAAAAGAAGAAUUUACGAAGAUGUUGGAAGAGUGCAGGGAGCUUACAUCAUUGACAAGAUGGAGCAAAGCAGUAACGAUGUUAGAAGAUGAUGAACGUUUCAAAGCUGUGGAAAAAGAAUCAGAUCGUGAGGAUCUUUUUAGAAGUUACCUGGUGGAUCUUCAGAAAAAGGAAAGAGUUAAGGCACAGGAGGAGCAUCGCCGGAAUAGGUCAGAGUAUAGGCAAUUUCUGGAAACUUGUGGCUUUAUUAAGGUAGAUAGCCAGUGGAGGAAAGUUCAAGAUCUCUUGGAAGACGAUGAAAGAUGUUCACGCCUUGACAAGAUUGAUCGUUUGGAGAUCUUCCAGGAAUACAUCCGAGAUUUGGAGAGGGAGGAGGAGGAGCAGAAAAAGAAAGAAAAGGAACAAUUGAGACGGGCUGAGCGCAAAAAUCGAGAUGCUUUUCGCAAGUUGAUGGAAGAACAUAUUGCUGCCGGCAUUUUGAAUGCUAAAACUCUUUGGCGUGAUUACUGUCAGAAGGUCAAAGAUACUGAGGCUUAUCAGGCUGUUGCAUUGAGCACUUCUGGAUCUACACCAAUGGAUUUGUUCGAGGAUGUUUUGGAAGAAUUGGAAAACCAGUAUCAUGAUGACAAGACACGGAUAAAAGAUGCAGUGAAGCUGGAAAAGAUCUCUGUUUUGCCAAUGUGGACAUUGGAAGACUUUAAGGCUGCUAUUAAGGAGAGCAUCAGCUCAGAGGUAUCAGAUAUUAAUUUACAGCUUGUUUUCGAGGAUCUACUAGAGAGAGCCAAAGAAAAGGAGGAGAAAGAAGCUAAAAAGCGUCAGCGUCUUGCUAAAGACUUCAGCGAUUUGCUGAGCACCAUUAAGGAAAUAACUGCAACAUCUAACUGGGAGGAAUCAAAAGAAUUGCUUGAAGACAGCUCAGAAUAUAGAUCCAUUGGAGAGGAGAAUUCUUGCAAGGAAAUCUUUGAAGAAUAUAUUGCACGCUUGCAGGAGAAGGCAAAGGAAAAGGAACGCAAGCGAGAGGAGGAAAAGGCUAGAAAAGAGAGAGAAAGAGAAGAAAAAGAGAAGAAGAAGGAUAAAGAGAGAAGGGAGAAAGAAAAAGAAAAAGACAAAGAGAAAGAGAGAGAAAGGGAACGUGAAAGAGAAAAAGAAAAAGGGAAAGAAAGAUCGAAGAAAGACGAAGUAGAUACUGCAAAUGCAGAUGUCAUUGAUGAUCAUGGACUCAAAGAAGAGAAGAAAAGGGAAAAAGACAGAGACAAGAAACAUCGAAAGAGGCACCACAGUGUAACUGAUGAUGCAAGUUCUGAGAAGGAUGAGAAAGAGGAGACUAAGAAGUCUCGUCGGCAUAGCGGUGACCGUAAAAAGUCAAGGAAGCAUGGGCAUUCACCUGAAUCUGAUUGUGAAACAAGGCAUAAAAGACACAGAAAAGAUCAUAGGGAUGGAUCUCGUCGAGGUGGUGGGCAUGAGGAGCUUGAAGAUGGUGAGCUUGGUGAAGAUGUGGAAAUGGAAUAAUAUAAGAUUAACAUAUCAGACCUAGCUGUUUUUUAAGAAAAUGGGGCACUAUUCUUCUACCUCUAUACCCGCUUAAGAUGCUGAAAGGACGUCUGUGUUGAUCAAGUAAUUUAAUCAGGCAAUUUAGGAGUUAGUGUGUGUUCUUGAAGAUCGAGCAGUGUCAUGACAGCGUGUGAUGUGUAUUCUUUCCCAGUUUUACUGUGUAUUUUGCUGUUAUUUGGUUGACUAGGGCUGCAGACGGAAAAACGGUGUACGAUUUCAAAAUAUGAAACAAAGUCUAUUCAUAAAUUUUAAAGACGCUUUGUCAUUGCAAUUA